AUGUACCUUGUCCGCCGCGCACAUUGUGGCAGACAGGGGCGGGAUGGCGAUGCGCAGAACACCCGCCGGCUUGGCGCUUUCCCCGCCUCCCGUCUUUUCCCCACCCCCAUCCUCGCCACCACAGAGCUCACCAACGCAUGGCUGCGCGACUCUGUGCAUCCCGAAACCGACGUUGAAGCCGUCUUUUUGCACUCGCGCUCGUCCCAGCGACGCCGACGCCCCAUGGCAUACGGCCCCUCCAAACGGCCCAGCGUCGACCGUGACGAGCCCAUUACGCCCACCCAAAGCGCGUAA